AUGGAAGAGGCUCAUCAAUUGUUUGAUCAAAUGCCAAUGCAUGACACAUCUUCCUUCUUCUUUGAUUACGCCGAACUAGCAUAUGCAGGACUAGGCUUGGUUCGCGUGGACGAGGAAAUUGACUGCCAUAUAGUUCGUUCUGGGUUCGUUGGUAAUGGGUUUGUGCUUAAUGCCCUCAUCGACAUGUUAUAUCCAUCAUGCGCUUCUGUUGAAGGCCUUAGAUAUCUUUCGUGGUAUCUCGGUGCUGGUUUAGAGCAGAACUCGAUGCCAUCUUUUGUGGCUCCACUUAUUCCAAUGGCAAAUAUUUUGUGGGAAUUGCUUGAAAGCAAAGGAAAUUGGAAAGAUAGAUUAACGGGUUUGGCUAUUGAGGCAGCAAAGAGAGCUCUUCAAAUGGCUCAAGUCAAUGCUAAUGACGUAGACUUUAUCCUGCUGUGCAGAUCUACUCCGGACGAUCUUUUUGGCAGUGCUCCUCAGUGCAGCCCUGAUUUAUCAGGGAACGACUGUUACAGAUGCCUCGACGGUGCCAAUUCUCUUCUUCCCAGUUGCUGUAGCGGCAAGCGUGGAGGAAGGGUUUUGAAUCCGAGCGAAAAACAAGGAAGAUUGUUCAGAAAAAUUGUUGCCAUUGUUGUGCCAGUUGCCGCUGCAGGAGUGACGAUUCUUUUAUCUAUUCUCUUGUAUUGUUUGUUAAUCCAGAAGAAAAAGAAGAACCUAUCAAAGGAGAAUGGUGAGAACACAAUUAAAACUGCGGAGUCAUUGCAAUUUGAUUUCAAUACAGUCCUUGCAGCCACGGAAAACUUUGCCAAUGUCAAUAAGAUUGGUGAAGGGGGAUUUGGUAGCGUUUACAAGGGUAAACUUCCUAACGGACAAGAAAUUGCUGUCAAGAGGCUCUCAAAAAACUCAAGGCAAGGAGAAAAAGAAUUCAAGAAUGAGGUUGUGUUAGUGGCAAAGCUUCAACACCGCAAUCUGGUUAGACUAUUAGGAUUUUGCUUGGAGAGAGAAGAAAAGAUCCUGAUUUAUGAGUUUGUACCCAACAGAAGCCUCGAUUACUUCCUAUUUGAUCCUGAGAAAUGCAUGCAGUUAGAUUGGCAGAGACGUUACAAGAUCAUUGAAGGGAUUGCUCGAGGACUACUUUAUCUUCACGAAGAUUCCCGCCUUCGAAUUAUUCAUAGGGAUCUUAAAACAAGCAAUAUCUUGUUAGAUGGGGAAAUGAAUCCCAAGAUCUCAGACUUUGGGAUGGCAAGAAUUUUUGGCCUGGGCCAAACUGAAGAAAAUACAAACAGAAUAGUUGGGACUUAUGGUUACAUGUCUCCGGAGUAUGCAAUGCGUGGGCAGUUCUCGGUGAAAUCAGACGUUUUCAGCUUUGGUGUAUCAGUUUUGGAGAUUGUAAGUGGAAAGAAGAACAGUAGUUUCUAUCACCCAGACGACAUCGAGGACCUUAGAAGCUAUGCAUGGAAACAUUGGAAUGCAGGAACAGCCUUGGAAUUGAUUGAUCCAAUCUUGAGAGAAAAUUGUUCAACAAGUGAAGUGAUGAGAUGCAUUCAUAUUGGGUUAUUGUGUGUUCAAGAAAAUGUAGCUGACAGACCCACUAUGGCGAGCAUAGUCCUUAUGUUGAGCAGCUACCCAAUUACUCCUCCAUCACCCUCACAACCAGCCUUUUUUGUGCCAAACAGAAUGGAAGCAGAGAUGCAUAUAGAAGGGGAAAAUAUGCAGGAAGCCAUACUAGGUCAAUCUGUCAAUGAAGUGUCAAUCACUGAUUGUUUGAAGCAACAAAAACCAUUGGACAAGUAUUUGGAAGCUGUGAAUGCAGGAUCAUCAGUUGGGUCAAUGGAUAUUGUCGAGGUUAAGAAAGAAUACAACAAUAGUUUAAAUUGGAGCUCUAGUGAAGAAAUUGCUCGUCUUAAUGCUCUGAAGGCCUUUCCAAAAGAUGUUGCCAUGAGAAGGAAGAAGACUGCCUUUCCAAAAGAUGUUGCCAUGAGAUGGAAGAAGACUGCAGUUGCAGUUCCUGUUGCCAAUGGUUGUUCAAACAAGGCCUUAAAGGAAAUUGGGUAA